UCUAAUUAUAGCCUAUUGCACAGGAUUUAACAACCGGUUAAAAAGUUCAGUUAAUUUAGUUAAAAUCGAGAUUUCUGAAACAAUAGAAUAUCAUCCACCACCUUCUAAUAUGGAGGAUGCUUACGCAAAAACAACAGAAGAAGUUCUGAAGUUUUUUGAUGUUAGUGAAAAUCUAGGAUUAAGUCAAGAACAGGUGAAGCGUAAUCGUGAAAAGUAUGGACCUAAUGAACUCCCAGCUGAUGAAGGCAAACCAUUAUGGCAAAUGAUCGUUGAACAAUUUGAAGAUCUUCUAGUUCGAAUUUUGCUGCUUGCUGCUAUCAUAUCAUUUGUGUUGGCUUUGUUUGAAGAAGGUGAUGAAUCGAUAACAGCAUUCGUUGAACCGUUUGUAAUCUUACUUAUUCUUAUUGCAAAUUCUAUCAUUGGAAUAUGGCAGGAACGAAAUGCAGAAAGCGCUAUAGAAGCAUUGAAAGAAUAUGAACCUGAGAUGGGAAAGGUGCUUAGACAAGACAGAUCAACUAUUCAGAGAGUGUUGGCUCGUCAAAUCGUUCCGGGAGAUAUUGUUCAAGUGGCAGUCGGAGAUAAAGUUCCAGCUGAUAUUCGUCUGAUUGCAAUCCAUUCAACAACCCUCAGAGUUGACCAAGCCAUCCUUACAGGUGAGAGUGUGAGCGUAAUCAAGCACACGGACCCUGUUCCUGAUCCCAGAGCUGUCAAUCAAGACAAGAAGAACAUGUUGUUCUCUGGAACGAACAUCGCAUCAGGAAAAGCUACCGGCAUUGUGAUUGGAACAGGAAGCAACACAGAAAUUGGAAAAAUUCGAGAUCAGAUGGCAGAGACUGAAGCAGAAAAGACACCUCUGCAACAAAAACUUGAUGAGUUUAGUGAACAGCUGUCCAAGAUCAUCUCUGUGAUUUGCAUUGCGGUUUGGGCAAUAAAUAUCGGACAUUUUAACGACCCAGUGCACGGUGGAUCUUGGUUGAAAGGAGCCAUUUACUACUUCAAGAUCGCUGUAGCCCUUGCUGUAGCAGCCAUUCCCGAAGGAUUACCAGCAGUCAUCACUACUUGCUUGGCUCUUGGUACAAGAAGAAUGGCAAAGAAAAACUCAAUUGUCCGCAGUCUUCCAUCCGUUGAAACUCUUGGUUGUACCUCCGUAAUCUGCUCUGAUAAAACUGGAACUCUUACUACCAACCAGAUGUCUGUAUGCAGGAUGUUCAUUGUCGAUAAACUGGCAAAUGACGGAGCUAAGUUUCAUGAAUUUGAAAUAUCUGGCUCCACCUAUGAACCAACCGGAGAGGUGACAAAGGAUGGAAAGAAGAUUCGAUGCAGCGAUUAUGAUGCUCUCACUGAAUUAUCCACCAUAUGUGCUCUCUGCAAUGAUUCAUCGCUAGAUUAUAAUGAGGUGAAGGGAGUUUAUGAAAAAGUUGGGGAAGCAACCGAAACCGCUCUCACAGUACUUUGCGAAAAGAUGAACGUCUUCAACACCGAUCUGUCUACGUUGACCAAAUCCGAACGAUCCCACCCAUGCAACUCAGCUAUCAAGGAUAUGAUCAAAAAAGAAUUCACUCUUGAAUUUUCCCGAGAUCGAAAAUCUAUGAGUUCGUAUUGUUCAUCAACUAAUGGAUCAAAUGAUCCAAAGAUGUUUGUGAAAGGAGCCCCAGAAGGUAUCCUGGAUAGAUGCACACAUGUAAGGAUUGGGAAGAACAAACAUGAGAUGACAUCGGAUAUCAAGCAAAGUAUAUUGGAACGAGUGAAGGCAUACGGAACUGGUCGUGAUACUCUCAGAUGUCUUGCUGUUGGUGUGGUUGAUAACCCAAUGAGCCCUAGUGAUAUGGAUCUAAGUGAUGCAACUAAAUUUGCUAAAUAUGAGACUGGCAUCACCUUCGUUGGAAUCGUUGGAAUGCUUGACCCACCUCGUCUUGAAGUAUUUCAAGCUGUUCAGGAUUGUAGAAACGCUGGAAUUCGCGUCAUCGUCAUCACCGGUGAUAACAAAGCAACUGCAGAAGCAAUCUGCCGACGUAUUGGUGUCUUCGGUGAAGAUGAAGAUACAACAGGUCGUUCAUUCACUGGUCGUGAGUUUGAUCAACUGAACCCAGAACAACAGUUCAAAGCUUGUCUUGAGGCUCGUCUUUUUGCUCGAGUGGAACCAGCUCACAAGAGCAAGAUUGUGGAAUAUCUUCAAGCCAAUGGUGACAUCACUGCCAUGACUGGUGAUGGUGUUAACGAUGCUCCAGCAUUGAAGAAAGCUGAGAUUGGAAUCGCGAUGGGAAGUGGUACUGCUGUCGCUAAAAGUGCUUCCGACAUGGUAUUGGCUGAUGACAACUUCACCUCCAUCGUAGCAGCGGUGGAAGAAGGUCGUGCAAUCUACAACAACAUGAAGCAAUUCAUUCGUUACCUCAUUUCCUCAAACAUCGGAGAAGUCGUUUGCAUUUUCCUUGCCGCUGCUCUUGGAGUUCCCGAAGCUCUGAUUCCUGUCCAACUUUUGUGGGUGAACCUCGUCACUGACGGACUCCCUGCUACUGCUCUUAGCUUCAACCCAGCUGAUCUUGACAUCAUGGAGAAAUGCCCGAGGUCAACCAAAGACACACUCAUCAAUAAAUGGCUCAUGUUCAGAUAUUGUGUUGUUGGAGCAUACGUUGGCAUAGCAACGGUUGCGUCUGCAUCUUGGUGGUUUAUGUUCGCUGACAAUGGACCUUCCAUGACAUGGUGGCAACUGACCCAUUACAUGUCAUGCUCCACACAACCGGAAAAUUUUGAAGGAAUAGAUUGCAAAAUAUUUGAAGACCCCCACCCGAUGACGAUGGCUCUAUCUGUCCUUGUCACCAUUGAAAUGCUUAAUGCUCUCAACAGUGUAUCAGAGAACCAAUCAUUGUUCCGGAUGCCUCCGUGGCAGAAUAUGUGGCUUAUUGGUGCCAUCUGUCUCUCCAUGACUCUUCACUUCAUGAUCCUCCAUGUUGAUCCACUCCCUAUGGUUUUCCAAAUUUGUCCAUUGAAUUGGACUGAGUGGAUGAUGGUUUUAAAGAUGUCUUUACCUGUGAUCAUCAUUGAUGAAGGGAUGAAAUGGUUUUCAAGGAACUUUGUUGAAGGUGGCGUUGUCAAGGUUGGCGACAGAAAAAAAAUGGAAUAAUCAGGCUCUAUCUAGAAUUAAGAAGUCCUCAACAAUAUAUCAAUUAUAACAAACACUUCCCACUCUGAUCUCAACUGCAAAUAUGUUUUGUUUAUUUUAUUUAUUUCAGUCAGGUCUAGGCUAAUUGGAAAACCAGCUUGUUACUUUAUAAUUUAGGCUGUCCUGUGUUUUAGAAACUUCUUUGUUGUAGGCGUUUUUUAUGUUGUACAAUCUUAAACUGUUCAAAAGCAUCUUUCACUGCGAGUUGUUGCUUUAUGUUGUCAAACUAAGGUUGUCAUCUGCUUUAGUUACAGUUUGUAACAUUUUGCUGCCUUGAUGUGCAUUAUCAUGAAUUACAUAAUGCACACAUCCGUUACUCAAAUAACAAAAUAUAAUGUUCUAUUAGCUGCGUUUGACAAUUUAAAGUUCUCCACUAAACAAAAUAAAAUGACUGGUGUUUUCAAAAAAGAAGCAAAUCAUAUUCUUAUGUCUUUACACAGACUUCAUAACCUCCCAAGCAACGUGAUGUUUUUGUUGUUGUGGAAUUCUAAAACUUGUUGUAUAUAUUACAUCCACGUUCGACCUAGAUUUGCAUGAAAAGUUAAAUAUUGUGAUUUCUAUUUCAUUUUUUACCAAGUCCUUUCACCUCUGACAUCUCGCCUUUGCCUGCUUUGAAAUGACUCAAGAAAUUUUUUUUGAUUUUCAAACAGUUUCAUUAAAUAAAACUCAAAUUGCAGUGUAGAUAAAGUUAUAAUGUUUAAUUUGCUAUUAUACUUUCUGUUUGCAAUUUUAAUUAUUGUUGUAACUCACGCUUGGUGUAUUGAUUCGGCCAUGCAUGCUCUCAUAGUGUUUCGUAGUUGACACAUUUUCUUCAGUACUGUUCACAAAGCUCCACGAAAGUUGUGUUUGUUGCAUUGGUUUAGAAUAUAACCGGCAUAAAUUCACUUUUCCUAACUUCAAUAAAACGUAUGGGACAGUG